GCCAUUUUGAAUCGCCGAUCAAAUGUUAAGAUCCAUGUUGAGUCAACAUUCAAGCUUCAACAACAGUCUCAACGAGAGAAUAUCUUGCAUUUCCCCAGUCAAGAUGCAUACUUGAACAUCACCAGAUCUGUUACUGCCAUCAUGGAUGCAAUGUUCCUACCCUUCUUUCCCCUUAGUAAUGGAACUAUCGAUCUUUUAUCCCUUUCCAAUGUCGGUGUGCAGUGGAUGAUUCACUCCUCAAGCUCUAAAGUACUCAUCUAGGUGUUCUCUGUACAAUCGGAAGCUUUACCAUCCUCCUAUUGUCCUUCUUUCGAAAAAGAAAAGCACACAGAAACAUCUCUGAGCUUCACCCGCAUAAUGACUCCCACUCGAAAGAAACCCGCCCGCAAAAGGGCCUCCAAGAAACACGCCGGUCGGAGAAAGAAUGGCGUGAAAAAGACAGUCCCCAGGUCGCCCCAGUCCAUCCUCACACAGUCGCGCAGAAGCAGUAUCUGCAAAGCUCGGAUCCGGGACGAUCUGCUGGCGGUUGCUGGUAGCAACAAAGGGCAGCCACUGUCCAAAAGCGGUAGACCGGCUUGGAAGUACUCGAAAUUCGUCAUGAUUCCGGCUUCGAAUGAUGAGCCUUUUGAAGAGAACUGCUUUGAACGAGAUCCUAUUCCUGAAGACUAUGUGUUUGUCCCUAAAGGCAAUGUCUACGUCACCCGUCAUUGUCGAAGCAAGACCAAAGAAUCCCAGCGGGUAGUUUAUCUUGUUUACCAUAGCUCAGGCAAACGCACUCUUGGGAUCCGUGUUCCUUCAGAAAUCCACUCGGACGUCCUCCAAUCCGCCGCUGCGACAGCCGACUCCCGCGCCAACGCUGUCAAAGUCCGCGAUGAGAGGGACCACACUCGGUAUCGACAACUUCUGCACACCCAAUUCCCGUUGAUGCCAGCCGACUCGCUGGAGAUUGUUCUCGACCAUGCAUUCCUCAAAGGAUCCGGACGGGUAGGACGCACCACGAUGAAAUCAGACGAACGCAAGGCUGCCUUGGCCGUGGAGGCCCAUAUCCGACACGUACAUACCCCAUAUGAGAGCCUUCUCGAUGAUGGAAUGGACAGAAACGAAGCACGAAAAGCUGUUUGGGGGACUGUCAAAGCUAUCAAGACUGCCUGGGAGGGUGGAGGUAGCCAGACGAUGGAUCUUCUCACUCUGGGCAGCCGGAUGGAUGUUGAUUCUGAUACUCCGGAGGUAGUUGAUCUCGAGUCCCCAGAAGAGUCCCCGGAGGUCAUCGAACUUGAUUCCGCAGAGGAAGAUGAACUUGAGAUUUGAUACUUUGCAUGCACGCAAUCAACUUGUGCGCCAUACGCAUACGCCAGGAUUAGAUGGCAUAUAUUAUGAUUAGACUUACGAUGGUUAUGAUCAACUCAGAGAAUAUAUAUUAGACAUGAAUCAACGCUUCACUGCAUUCUCUUCCAGAAA